AUGUCUAUGCAAGAACAAACCAGAGGACCUUCCGGUCGGCGCAAUGCUAUUUGUGCUUUUACGACCGACUUCACACCCCGAGCUCAAGGCCAAGAAGCAACAAUUGCGUACCUCGAGUCUGGGAGGACCUCAGAUUUAUCUCAGUUGCUCAGUGAACGUGAUCGCGCUGAAAGACUUGUAUAUCAAGGUCCCAAGACGAAGGGUACACGGGAAGUCCAAGAUAUACUUCGUGAGCCGAGUGUAAAAUCGAUCGAGAAGUUUUACCGUGUCUACAUGCAGGCCGAAAUUUUGAUAAGGUAUGGUAUUGCUGGCGAGAUCGUGUACAACUUUAGCAAAACCCCUAGUUGGAACAGGGCCAACGUACCAAGAUUGCCUUCACUACAACUAAAAGAUAUCAAUGUGAUGAUACAAGCGCACAAUGGGUUUCCGAGCAAGACCUCAAACAUUCCGCGCAGCCCUUCAACCCCUAUUAACUGGAUUGAUCUUGGGGCAUCGGGGCCUGCAGCCCGUCGUGACAACCGGCAGCUAUCUAUUAUAAGUGAACCAGGAGGUUGGAGGGACUCGCAUCUUGCCACAGAUGAUGAGCAGACUUGUGAUCUCCAUAGCCCUUCCCAAGUGGCCCAUGAAAAUAGCGUUGAAGAUGACUGGGAAGUUCAAGAAGCACAGGUACUCACAGUGACAAGGGUACCUAUUCGUCAGAGGGCUACCAUCUGA